UGAUACAAAUUGCCGCUCCCCAUCUUCUCGCCUACUUCUCUCUUAUAAAUGUCUUUUACUGCUCUUCAUCGUCUCUCAACACUCUCAACCCACAUUAUCAGAGCACCCAUUUCUACUAGGUAUUUCGCUACUACCCAAACCGCCAAGAUAGGAUCAUCCAUUUCAACUCCCAACAUGACCGCCGACGUUAAAUCUUUGGUCGACAAGGCCAUCGCCGAUAACAAGGUCGUCGUAUUUUCCAAGACCUACUGCCCUUACUGCAAGCGGGCCAAAUCUUACCUCGCUGAGGACACUAAGGACAUCGAGAUCCUUGAGCUCGACGAGCGUGAGGACGGCGCUGCCAUCCAGGCUUACCUCAAGGAACUCAACGGCCAAGGCACUGUUCCCCAUGUCUACAUCAACAAGGAGUUCAUCGGCGGUUCCAGCGACCUCCUCAAACUCUCCCACGAGCAGGUCAAGCAGAAGAUCUCUGCUGCCGCGUCCGCUUAGAGAAUUAGAAUGAUAGUCGCCCUAAGAGGAUGCAAAAUAUAAUUG